CGAUCAUGAUACAAUCAAUAGCAACUAUAAUGACACUGUACAUUUCAAUACUUGCAUGCUUUAUCCUACCAUUCAAUACGAUUCGCCUGCUUCCAGUGUGUGCUAUCCUAUGUCUUCUCAGCAUUGUUCUCCUGCCACAAGCCACGAUAUUGACUCUCCACCCGAUGUAGAUUGUAGUGGUCGUUUUGAACCCUUUGUAAACUAUAACAUCUACAAUAGCUAUUAUGGUUCUGGCGAUGUUUAUACGAGUUGUCACCCACUUAUCCUUGGUGAGAAUGGUACAUUACAUUAUGUUUCUCCC